AGAAGACGAGAUGCUAGGAGAAUGUGGAAGGCUAUCAAAGACAGAGAAACCGGUCGAAUUCGUUCCAAUUCCUUCGCCAAUCGAUUCAAAUCCCGCCGGAUUUUGUCUCUCCAACUCUCUAAUCGAAAAGAUUUUGUUUCUCCUCAUCGUGGCUCCGUUAACUCCCUUCAGGUUGAUUUGACGGAGGGGAGAUAUCUUCUCUCUGGAGCAGCAGAUGGUUCAGCUGCUGUAUUUGAUGUUCAGCGGGCCACUGAUUACGAGGCAAGUGGUCUUAUUGCCAAGCACAAGUGUAUAUUUACUGUCGACAAGCAACAUGAUAAUGGACAUAAAUUUGCCAUAUCCUCUGCCAUAUGGUAUCCCAUUGACACUGGGCUGUUCAUUACAGGUUCUUAUGAUCAUUACUUAAAAGUCUGGGAUACCAAUACUGCCCAGGCGGUUGUGGAUUUUAAAAUGCCUGGAAAGGUUUAUAGAACUGCCAUGUCUUCUAUGGCAAUGUCUCACACGUUGAUUGCUGCUGGAACUGAAGAUGUCCAGGUUCGCCUCUGUGAUAUAGCUUCUGGGGCAUUCUCUCACACAUUAUCGGGUCACCGUGAUGGUGUUAUGUCAGUUGAAUGGUCUACUUCCAGCGAGUGGGUUUUGUAUACUGGGGGGUGUGAUGGUGCAAUACGUUUCUGGGACAUCAGACGUGCUGGAUGUUUCCGUGUUCUAGAUCAAUCACAAACACAACUUGGGAUCCGACCACCGAUUUUAAAGCGAACAGCGGUUAGCAGUAAGUUUUUUUCAGCUGCAAAAUCUUCUUUGGGGGGCCAAAAUAGGUUGAAAACACUGCAAAGUAAACACGCUGGCAGCCAAAGUGUAAAGGGGUCAUUUAGCGCUAAAGCUUCAACGGAAAAGUCUCGACAGAAGAGAAUUCACCCUGGAAUGUUAUCUACUCUAGAUCGUGCUACGGCUCAUUAUGGUGUUGUUACUGGCUUAAAGGCAACUAACAAUGGGAUGUAUCUUCUUAGUGCUGGGUCGGAUUCAAGAAUAAGAUUGUGGGAUAUUGAAACUGGACGCAAUACCCUGGUGAACUUUGAAACUGGACGCAUCCAGACAAACAAAGCGAUUCAAUUAGAUACAAGCGAUGAUCCAGCUCUUGUAUUUGUUCCGUGCAUGAAGACUGUGAAGACUUUUGGCAUGUGGUCGGGUAGAACAACACUGAUGCUUCGUGGACACUACGAAAGCGUGAACACUUGCUGCUUUAAUUCCAGUGAUCAGGAACUAUAUACAAGUGGCGCAGAUAGACAAAUACUUGUGUGGUCACCAGGCGGAUCGGUGGAAGACGAAAUGGUCCAGGAUGAAGUAGCCGAAGAUAAAGACAACUGGAGCGACUGAGAAAACAAGUUUCGGGUAGUCUUCUUUUUCAAUCUGUGAAGUUCCCUGUGCGUUGUUCUGAGUGUAGUCUUGACAAACUCAUAUUACUCCUCUCUACUCGGGUUUUGUUUGCUUAUAAAAGUAAACUGAAAUAUUAAUU